GAAAUUCAAUUAGUUUGACUUAAUUGCGCGUCGAAGUUCCUCCUUUCGUCGCUCUAUCCGGUAAUUUGCGCGUAAUAGUCAUCUGUCAGAGCCAGAGAGCAUGGAUAUAACUGGAGUGCACGUCCUCCAGCGGUCGUGAUGCCAAGCGCCGGUCCGAUCCAGCGCCACUAACCCGUAAUGCCUGCUCUCUAACCCCGUACCAGUGUGGCGCCGUGUCCCGGUCACACCGCCAGCAUGAGCAGCACCGACCUGGAGCGCAUGUCGCUCAGCUCCUCGGCAAACUCGGUGGCCUCCAGCGCGCGGACGUUGUCGGCCAACGUGAGGAAGCUGCACAACGCGCUCAACCUCCUGCUCAACGACUUCGAGAGGGAGCAGUUCAUCCACUGUCUCAACGUCUACCACUCCAAACGCAACGUGUACGACCUGGUUCAGACCCUCAACGUGAUCCUCAACGCGCCCAGCAAGCGGCAACUUCUGCCCAUGCUGCGGCUGGUCAUCCCCCGCUCUGACCAGCUCCUCUUCGAGCAGUACACCUCGGAGGGCCUCUACUUAAAAUCGGAUUUAGUUGCAAGCAAUGGCAACGCCGAAACCCCGCCGGGCGACUUCCCCAGUGCCAGCCCGACUCCCCCCGGGCAUUUCUCGCCCAACAACCCGCCCGAGUUUCAGGUGGCGUUGCGCGGCUCGCCGGACAGCUUCAGCACCAGCAGCGACGGGACAGCUCCCCCCAUGGUGCCGCUGCUCGGGAGGAACUUUGUGCACGAGCCGCCCGGUGAGAUCCGGCAGGUCACCAUGAAGCGACAUAAGAGCAACGAGGGCCUGGGAUUCAGCAUCCGCGGCGGCUCGGAGCACGGUGUGGGCAUCUACGUGUCUCUGGUGGAGCCGGGGAGCCUGGCGGAGAAGGAGGGUCUCCGGGUCGGUGAUCAGAUCAUGAAAGUCAACGACAAAGUCUUCGACAAAGUCACGCAUGCUGAAGCAGUGAAGGUGCUGAAGGGCAGUAAAAAGCUGAACCUCUCUGUGCGUUCAGUCGGGCGGAUUCCAGGUGGCUACGUCACCAACCAUGUUUAUACCUGGGUUGACCCUCAGGGUCGGAGUGUGUCGCCUCCUCCUGACCUGCCUGAGCAUCGGAGCGCCACCCUGAGAAGAACUGACAGCCAGCGGCGCAGCAACAUGCAGCUACUGCAGGAGGGAGACGAGAAGAAGGUCAACUUGGUUUUGGAUGACGGCCGGUCUCUGGGUCUCAUGAUCCGAGGUGGAGCAGAAUAUGCUCUGGGUAUUUACAUCACCGGAGUGGACCAGGGAUCAGCAGCAGAGUGUGGAGGACUCAAGGUUGGCGACCAGAUCUUAGAGGUGAAUGGCCGCAGCUUUCUGAGCAUCCCGCACGACGAAGCCGUCCGGGUCCUGAAGUCGUCGCGGCACCUGAUGAUGACGGUGAAAGACGUGGGUCGCCUGCCGCACGCCAGGACGGUGGUGGGGGAGACGAAGUGGAUUGCCAGCUCACAGAUUGGGGAGAGCUCCGCCAACAGCAGCGUGGCGGGCUUCUCGGUGGACAAAGGAGCCUCUGCAGCAGGAAAGCCUGGCUUUUAUAAAGGCGUGGCGGGCUCACAGGUGACCCUCUCCAGCCUUGUGAACCAGUCGCGGGCCAUGCUGGAGGAGCAAGCACGCCACUUGCUGACAGAGGCAGAGCGGCAGACCAUGGGCUACUACGUGGAGGAGUACCGGGAUGGACACAUCGGAGUGGAACAACUCGUCGUGGCGCUGUUCGAGCUGCUCAACACACAUGCAAAGUUCUCUCUGCUGUCAGAGGUUCGCGGCCUAGUCACCCCACAGGACCUGGAGCACUUUGAUGGGCUGGUGCUGAGACGGGAGAUCCAGGCUCUAAAGGCAAGACAGGGGACAGCUGGAGCCACGGCGCUCCAACCGGAUUCCCUGUCCAUGGUGUCGUACCCGGACACCCUGACCUCGUCUUCAGCCAGCUUCAUGACCAACACCACCCUCAGCUCUGCACGGAAUGACAGCGUGGUGGAGAGUAAUGAGGAGGAUCCUCCGGAGAGUCUGAACACGCUGCUAACCGACAUCUCUCUGGACGACGUUCAGUCCGCCACAGCUGAAUCCCCCCCCUCCUUCAAGCCUCCGCCCCCACCCGGGGUGCAGAGGCGCCCGACUAGACGAGAUCAGCUCAACAAAUGCCCCUCGUCCGAGUCCUCCCACUCAGGCUUGUACUUCACAGCCCCGACCUCUCACAACCACAGCAAAGAGCCAGGACACGCCCCCGCCCCGCCCUCACAACUCCACAAACGGGAGCACGCCAGGGACCCGUCUCGGGACUACGCGGUCAUCAGAAAGAAAGACCCUUCGGUACCGUCCAAGAAAGAGCAGAUAACCUCUGCUCAGUUGUCCAUGGUCACACAGCACAACAUCGGCCCUUUCCCCAGAGUCCAGUCCCCCGGCAGAACCACCAAACCUGCUGCCCCGUCCCCUUCGCCUCCACCUCCACCUCCGCUCCCUGCACCUCCUCCGCCCCCCUUGCUGCCCCUUAAACCACUGUCCAUGUCCAAAGCCUCUCCCUCCUCUCCUGGCUCUAAACAGCAGUUUGUUACAGUGGAGGUUCACAGGCCCAACGCAGAGCCGGACGUCAACGAGGUGCGGCCGCUGCCCCAAGCUCGAGGUGGUGCCCUGUCUCAGCUGUCAGACAGCGGCCAGACCCUCAGCGAGGACAGCGGGGUGGACAUAGCUGAGUCAGGACACAUCAGCAAAGACAGCAGUCCCCAUUCCUCACGCACACGCCACCCCGGAGACACCCAGGGGGGCGGGGGGGACAAACCCUCCAAACCGCCGGGGCUGUUGGAGCCCACCUCGACACUAGUGAGGGUGGCAAAGAGUGCCAGCACUCUGGGCAUCGCCAUUGAAGGUGGAGCCAACACUCGCCAGCCGCUGCCACGGAUUGUCACAAUACAGAGGGGCGGUUCGGCUCAUAACUGCGGCCUGUUGAAGGUAGGUCAAGUGAUCCUGGAGGUAAAUGGCGUUACCAUGAGGGGCCGCGAGCACAGGGACGCCGCACGCCUCAUCGCUGAGGCCUUUAAGACCAAAGAGAGGGACUACGUGGACUUCCUGGUGACCGACUUCAACGUGGCGCUAUAGCUGAGAGGAGGAGGAGGAGUGCGGAUGAUGACGAUGGGGGCAGCGCGAAGUGAUGAAGAGUUCGAGGACAGCGUGAGAAGGAGAAAUUGUCUAUUGUUUUAAAUGGCACAACUCUUUUAAAUAGACAUAAACGAACCACCAACUGAUCUCUGAGCCCUUCAAAAACCCAUCCUGGAUACAUGAUACUCAAAUUUACAAGGUAUUACUUCCGCCGUGGACUUCGUUCAGGAUCCUCCUCAACGUGUUACCUCCCCACUGUGAGACCUUAUGCACUAAAAAAAAAGUAGUGAAACCUAUACAUUUUCUUUGUUCUCUCAGUGUUAAAACUUGUGGAGUUUAAACCAUUUCAAUCCAUCAGGAACUUCUCAUAGCACUCCCGCGUCCACCGGUCAGUUAUUUUAAUUUAUUUUCUGCUUCUACUUGAGAGAAAA